AGAGAUCCGCCUGCCUCUGCCUCCUGAGUGCUGGGAUUAAAGGCAUGUACCACCACUACCCAGAAAAAUAGUUCUUGAAAUUAGCUCUUUUAUUCUCUAUGCCUGUCCUGCGCUUCUUCAUGUCCAGGUUUUGAAAGUUAUAGUUCCAAGUAUCUUGCCUUUUUGUUUUCUAUGAUGAUGAUUAUAUAGCUCACGGUGAGUAAGGACAUAGGUCCAAGUUUGUGGCCACAAUUAGUAAUAAGUAAAGGUGGCUUUCUGUUGUAAAGAGCUCUGGUCUUCUCUGAUAUUGUAUUUCCCAUUGAGACAUAGUUUUACUGUAUGAUAGAAAUCUAGAGUAUACAAUUAAAUGGAAAGAUGGAGGGACUGGAGAGAUAGUUCAGUUGGUAAAUUUAGUCAGACAUUGUGUAAAAAAAAAAGGAAAAAAUUCAGUGAAUGAAAAGGAUAGGGAUUGCAGCUCAGUAGUAGAGUUCUUAACUCACAUGCACAAGGUCCUGAGUUUAAUUUCUAGAAUCUUGGGAGAAGAAAUGGGGACAGGAAGAGAGGAAAGAAAAAUGAGAGACAUAGUUCUGCUGCGAUUCUGACAUGGUGGACAAGCAGCUCUUGGAUGCAAGGGAGACUGUCCCACAUCAGAUGUGUAUAACUUGAUGAGAUAAGAUACCUGAUAAAUCAACAGUCACCAGAACCACUCAAAGUCCAUAACUUCUAAACUCAAGAAGGGAAUUUCACAGUCCAAGAGAGGAUGGUUUCUAGAAAGAAAAUGAAAUACAGGAUUAGAGGAAGAAGGAAAGAACACAGAGAUCCCAGGAAAUAGGACAUGAUAAAACUGUUAGUCUAGGGGCUUUUCCUAGAACUUAUGGCAGAAACUGUAGUCAGCCUAAGAGGGUAUUCAGCCCAGUCAGCCUACCCACAAGGUGUCCAAGAGCUUAUUAGUUCAGUCACGACAUCAGUGUACCUUCCAGUCAGUGGGGCUUGCAUUGAAGGUUAUGUAAAUGGAGAAGAAACGUAACAAGAAGUUGGAGCAAGAACCUGACAUUCAGCCAGGACAGAACCAAGGAUAUUUUCAGCUUCAGUACAAGAACUGAGGUCACUAACCCUCAAUUGCCUUUUAGCUUCUGUUGGUCAUUCUCAUCAAUCGCUAUACACCAAGGUUAGGAAGAUCUCCAGAUUAUUAGCAAGACAAGCAGAGAACUCCAAGCUUCCAUUUGUCUGCUUUUACACAAAGAAGGUUUCUGUCAGGGGUUUGCAGUGCGUACACGACCACAUAAAACUUCUUACUGUAGUCGGUCUUCACAUUCUCCAGUGUGAAAAUCUGAAAGGCUUCCCGCUGACUUAUAAUUGGGUAUAUUUAUAAAUGUCAAGAUAGAAUUCAUGCCUUUACUGACUUUGGUUAGUCUAUGUAUUCUAUUCUUUUCAAUACUAAAUAGAAAUAAUGAGAGUUUAGUUGAUUGAAGACACAAAAGACAGUCACAAUAAACAGAAAACUAACAAGAUUUCAUUUCAAAUUCAUAAGACUGAUCCAGGAAGAGUGAAAAAAUAAAGAUAUAACAGAUGGGCCUGAUUACACAAGUUGGUAAUCAUUUACUCCAGAAGCCAAUGAAGGAGAAUCACAAGUUCCAAGCCAUGCUAAAGGCCAACCUUGAAGUUCUGUCCCCAAACCAGAUGUUGGGGAUGUGAUUCAGUGGUAGAACAUUUAUCUAGCAGAUACAAGGUCUUCAGAUUAAUCCCCACUCAAAAGUACAUAUUAGAAUUCAAGUCAAUAGUUAAGAUGUUCUCACUGGCUUUUAAAACUGGAAAACAUCUCAAUCCUCACUUAAAAUACUCAGCCCAUGUACAGUGUACUUUACAAAACCCCUUAAAUUUGCUAUUCUAAAUGCUUAGGGUGCUGCAUCACCAUAGCUGCCAGAGAGAUUCUUACUUUCUGAUAAGAUUCCAAAGUCCUUUGGUAAUCUAAAUUUUCUUCCUUUCUUAUCAUUAUGACACCAGCUUCUACUGUCAGUAGAAGAAUGUUCCAGGUUUCUGCUUGUUGCCCUCAGCUCUCAGCAACUACUAACUCUUCUCUGGCAGGUAAGAAAAGUCACCCACUCUCUACCUCAUUCUUCUCAUGAUGUUCAUUGUUUUGAAUAACAAAGGCCAAAUCUCAAGCAAUUAAUUAGCAACUAAUUUCUUAACAUAAGUUGGAUUCUUCUGCACUUACAUACUCUAUGAAAGGCAGAAACGAAGUGCAGGUCGUCUUGCUUCUGCUCCAUUUCAGGCAAGCUAAGUCACAGAAAGGUGAAUGUGUAGAAAUCACAGUAUAAAUUACCUCAGUAUCAAUGUGUAACAGUCAGUUUCAUGGAUAACCAGAGUUCUAGCAGCAGCAGCUGUAAGGGUUGGAGGAUCUGGCAUUUACUUUGAAUAUAUAAGGAUGCUACUUUGAUAGAAACUCUUUCCUAAUGCAGCUUCUUGACUCCCAUGUUCUUGAACUUAGUGAUUCUCCUGCUGCCAUGAGAACCCACUGUUGUUUGCAUCUUAAAUAUUUCUGCACAGGGUCCUUUAUUUUGUGUUCCAUCGACCUGAACUUGGACAGUUAGCAGCUAGUUGGACUGUCUUGGUAUGCACAUGUUCGGACUGUCUAAAUAUGCACAUUUUCUUUAUGAAAGAACCAUAAAUCAGGCUCAAGGAUCUUGUUUCUAAACUCUAGAUUUUUGUGUCUAUCACAAAUUACAUAGGAAUAACUGCUGAAUUUCUUUAAAAAUGAAUUUUAAACAAGAGGUUUUAAUUUUUCUUACACACACACACUUUUCUGUAUCACAGAAAUUACAGCCUGACCAAGAUAAUUAAUUUUUCAAUCAGCUUACAUUUCAGUCUUCAACAUGGACCAAGAUGCCUGUUUGAUUGGUAGACAGCUCCUUGAAAGCCUCAUGCUUAAGGGCAAAUUUUCAUGGAAUCAGAUGUCAUAUAAGCUUCUAAAGGACGGAUGCAACCACUAGUCCUACCCAACUAGGAUGACUAUAAACCACAAUAGUAACAAGCAUGGAACAAUAACCCUAAGGGCUCACAGUGGCAUAAAUUGGACUUAAGACCUGUGCAACUAAAAAGAACCUAUGUCUGGUCCUAGAAAUCUAGCACGCUACUUAGAGCUAGUGAAGUCAUGGAUCUUGGAGGAGAACCUGAAACUGCCACUUUAUGAAGCUAGCAUCAUCCUUAACUAUAUUUUAAAUGUUACUCUUCUGCUCACAAAUGUAUGUACCUCCACACCUCAUCAAGGAAGCUUCUCUUUGUAACAGAGACCAUUAUAGAAAACCACAACUGAUCAAAAUGUAGAGUUGUAGAGCCCAGUCCCAACUGACACAUCUACAGCAUAACUCCUGCACCUAAAGUUCAGGGAAUUGUUGCUGAAGAGGAGGCAGAAAGAACAUGAGCCAAGGGUACAGGAGAUUUGCUGUGUGAUUUUGUCUCCUAGAAUGUCUGAAGUUACACCUAUGAGGGCUCACUAGUAUGGGUACCUAAACAAGAACUAAUAAAGAUGACGUGAAUAGACAUGUUAACAUGGAAAGGGAGGAAGCUCAUGAGGCCUCAACCUAGACAAGAAUUAAAGUGACUAAGGAAAGUUGACAGCAGGAGUCUUGCCUGAGAAAGAGACACCAAUAUACAGUUUGGUCAUCCAAUACCAAAGGAUCACCCCUAAAAACAUACAUACCAUUAUUUGAUAUUAGAACAGAACACACACACACACACACACACACACAUGCUUUGGUAUGUGUUUGAAAAAAUACAAGGUGGUUGUGGUGGAGUACAUGGGAGGAACUUAAAGGAGUAGAAGGAAGGAGAGAAAUAAUGUAAUUAUAUAAAUCUCAAAAACUAAAAAAAGAAAAUGAGAGGAAGAAAGAAACUAACUUCUACUCAGCACAGUCGUGCAUCACCCAAGGGUAAGAGGAAAAUGGAGAAGUGUGCCUCCUGCUCCAUGCUCUCUUUUACUCCUCCUAGUUUCUUUGUACUAUAAUUUUUUAAACUCAGUUGCAAAACCUUAUGACUUCAACCCAUAAUAACUACAUGCUUUUGGAUAUCCCAUGUUUUUCAUACCAAGUUCCUUUCCAUCCUGUGGUCUACUUUUAUAUUUAUAUCAUUUCUCAGUUGAUAGUGACACAUGACAAAUGCUUAACAGCACAUUUGCAGUCUAUGGUUCUGGAAUGGGCACCAUGAUCUUCACCAGGACUGAAAACCUCAGCAGGUACUCCGGUUCCUUUGGGAAACAGAUUCAUGGUAAGUGAAUUUGCUCUGAAGGCAACUGUAGCUUCUUCCUGACUCUCAAAGCCUUCAGCUGCCACCUACAGGGGCUGUCAUUCUCUCUCCUCACUCACUACCUGGCAACAGAGAUUGGUGUCUCUGAGCAAAUGUCCUUGCAGGACCUGGGUCCCCAUCUUUUCUCUGGUCAGGACUCCAGUACGCCCUUGGGCCAAGUUCCUGCCUGUGGCACCUUGGGCGCCUGGGUCGAGCUGAAGCAGGAACCCUUGCACCCUGUCUCCUCCACUUAGCUCAAUAGCCAGAUCUGCAUCUGGCCCUCUACCGACCUCGAAGGAUGUUCAAAUACUCACGAAUAAAGAGGAACCUGGCAGAGGAAAGGCCUGUUCUACUCAGCUGCAGACAAAGCUGUGACUCUCAAUCUUCUAACAGAGAGAAGCAUGCUCAGGAGCCGGGAGUGCUCUCUUGCCUCCUAGUAGCGCCACCCGUUUCCCGCCAUCAUCAGACUGCUCUAGCGCUGCGCCAAUGAGGGCUGUAAGGCCCUCCCACGCCAGCUACGUCCUUUGGCGCGCUUUUCUAGAGCAGAGGCGCUGUGGCAGACGUCCUCAGAGUCCCGCGGUGACAGACGGUCUUAGUUAAACAGAAACUGUGACUGCGCGAUUUGGAGAGAACUCUUUUGCUUAGUACCGCUAGGACUGUGUGAAGUGCUUGUUCUCAUUACCCCAAGAGCAGUAAACCGAGGUUUGUGUGUACGAAGUCAACAUCCACAGUACCUGUGUGUGCGGCAGUGACGUCACCUCAGUAUUCCUGGCGGUCACUCUUGGAUUCAGAGUUGGAGCAUCUGUUUCACCUUCAAGCCACCAUGAGCUAUAGCAAGCCCAGGUCUCAGGAGGUCCAUCAUGAUUUAAGGGAAAGCAUGAAAAUCAAGUACCAUCCGUCUCGGGUCCUUCAAGUAGAGCAGAAUGGUUCCAAGAUGUUAAAAAUGCAAAUGGGAUCCCCAAAAAGAACAAAUGAGAUACCUAACACCCAAGAGCAAGGACUCUGCUCUUCUAAGAAAACUCGACAAGAUCUGACCACUCUCCCAACUAAGAUAAUCAACAUUACCUUGGGGAUAAACCCCAAGACAUGUAUGCACUAUUUCAUCCAGGAGGACAAAGGGAGCUUAUAUGAAGCUGUGAGCACCCUUGACCCUGUCAAAAGAGAGAUAGAAAGACAGCCAGGCAAAGAAAUGCUGGUGUGUGGCAUAAAAGGAAUAGAAGGGUACAUAAACCUUGGUAUGCCCCUCCGUUGUUUUCCAGAAGGCUGCCAUGUGCUCAUUACAUUUUCCAAAACUGAACAUGAGGAGAAAGAAAAUAAUGAAGUAUGUGGUCGCUUUGACCAAUCACCUGCUGAGUGUGUUGUAUUUUACAUACAUGCAGUUGGGAAUAGAGAGCAAAGGAUUCUGAGGUGCAGGGAACUUCACAACGAGGGGACCAAACUCUGUGUCUAUGGCUUCAAUGGAGAGACCAUCAAGACCACUCUGAGGAAGGAUGGCAGGUUUGAUUCCUUUGUAGAGAGUGCCCAUUGGAAACUCAUUACCAAUGAUACCACCAUAGCAAACACCCAGCCAGUUGAUGUGUUACAGGGCAAGCUCUUUCAGAUUGAUGUUGAGAGAAAGGAGAACCCUUGGGUGGCAUUGGCAACUCAGAAAUCUGAGUUAGAGGACAGAACCUUCAGUGAGUUAAAAGGAUACAUUGUGAAUUUGUACCCCACACUGAAAAGAGAAUGUGAGAAAAUGAGAGCAUUUAUCAAGGAAGAAAGUGAAAAUAGUAAACAGUCUCUUUUCAAAGCCCAUAAGAAAAAGUUCAGGGAACUAACAAAAAACUCUACUCCAGGUGAAACCAUCAAACUUCUUUCACAGUUUCUUGAUUCCACUGGGCUCAUAGUUUGGGACAAUAAUGGAAACAGGGGUAGUGCCACUUGUUUUGUUUUUGGAGGGCUGUACAUUUUCACUUGUCGCCAUGUGUUAAAUGACAUUGUGGGAGAAGGAAAAGAGCCACUUGAGUGUAUAGACCUAAUUAGCCAAUGUGUAAGGGUGACAUUUGAUGACGAAGAUUGCAAAGAGCCAAACUCAAACUGCAACAAUUGUUUCUGCAUUGAACCCUCAUUUGUCAUAUCUGAUGUAACUCUUGACUAUGCUGUCCUGAAGCUUAAGGAAAACUGUCAACAAGUGCCUGCCGGACUGUAUAAUGGAAUAGCUACUGCACUUCCCAGUGAGUUAACAUUUAUGAUUGGCUAUGAAAAUGGACAAAAGGUUAUUGAUCGUUGUACAGUAAUCCCUCAAGGAAAACUAAAAGAGAAAAAUCAGCAAUGUGUUCGUGGAACAGAAGUAGCAGGUCAUAGCCAUUCUUUGAAGUACAUCCUUAUGAAUACUAAAAGAAGUUUCCAAAAAAUGAUUGACAAGCCUAAUGACUUUACCUAUAAUACUUUUUAUUGUGGGUCAUCUGGCUCUCCAAUAUUUGAUUGUAAAGGCUCUCUGGUGGCCAUGCACACUGCUGGCUUCAUUUGUGAACAUGAAAGCGGAGUUUAUGAUAUCAUUGAGUUUGGCACAAGGAUGGAAUCCAUCCUUAAUCAUAUUAAGCAAAAACAUAAAGAAUGGUAUAAUGAAGUUUGUGUAAAUCAGCAGGAUGUAGAAAUGUGCAGUGGUGAAGCCUAUAUAAAUGACCAAGAUGUAGAAAUGUACAGUGAACCCUACAUAAAUCCGCAGGAUGUAGGAAUAUAUAGUGGAGCCUAUAUAAAUCAGCAGGAUAUAGAAAUGUGUAGUGUAGAAAUUUAGGGGUAGAGAGAAUUUCUCUUUAAGAGAAUUGGGUUUUCAAAAGCAAUAAUACAUUUUUCUGACUUUCAAAGCAUUCAUUUUAAUGGGACAAGAUGGCUGGGAACACGGCUCACUGGUUGAGCACUUGCCUAGCGUGCAUGAAGCUCUGGGAUUAGUCCCCAGUGAAAAAGGAAUGUUAGCACUCCAGUCAGUUUCCAAAAUAGUUGUUUCCACUGGCUUUUUAAAGAUGGCACCCCCAUGGGAGGCCUCACCGUCUCUGAGGAAUGGAUGGGGGGUGGGAUAAUGAGAUCAUGGGGACAAAGGGAGGAUGGCAGAGAGCAGGAACUAGGAUUGGUCUGUAAAUUAAGAUUGUUUUUAAUUUAAAUAAAAGUUAAUUUAUAAAAUGAAA